AUGAUAUUUGCAUUUUACAAGGCACAAGGUCUUUCAGAGGGAUCAUUCCCCAUGGAUAAUGAGGAUGAAAAUCUAGCGAAAUCAAUUCUUGACAAGGACAAGUCGAAAGGAGUAAAAAUCUUGUUAUCAAACGAUGCAGUUGAGGUUGACAGCAUCAGCCAUCCAGGAUGUUUCCGUCUCUUUACUUGCACCUCGAUUUGUACACUGUUUUUUCUUGGCAUAAAUGGCGACAAAGAAGAGCGUCGGAUCACUGAAGGAAGCAGAUCUGAAGGGGAAGAGAGUGUUCUCCGAGCCGCCGUCCCCACCAUCAAAUACUUGAUCGGCUAUGGAGCUAAAGUCAUCCUCGCCUCUCACCUUGGGCGUCCAAAAGGUGUUAUGCCAAAGUUCAGUUUAAAGCCUCUAGUGCCCAGGCUCUCUGAACUACUUGGAGUUGAGGUCAAGAUGGCUAACGACUGCAUUGGUGAUGAAGUUGUGAAAUUGGUGAGCGGACUCCCAGAAGGAGGUGUUCUUCUCUUGGAGAAUGUUAGAUUUUACAAGGAAGAGGAAAAGAAUGAUCCUGAGUUUGCAAAGAAGCUUGCAUCCCUUGCAGACUUGUAUGUUAACGAUGCCUUUGGAACUGCACAUAGGGCCCAUGCUUCAACCGAGGGAGUGACCAAGUACUUGAAACCUGCUGUUGCUGGAUUCCUUAUGCAGAAGGAGCUUGACUAUUUAGUUGGGGCUGUUUCCAACCCCAAGAAGCCAUUUGCUGCAAUUGUUGGUGGGUCAAAGGUAUCCAGUAAAAUUGGAGUUAUCGAGUCACUCUUAGAGAAGGUAGACCUUCUCUUACUGGGUGGAGGAAUGAUCUUUACUUUCUACAAAGCCCAAGGACAUGCUGUGGGAUCUUCACUUGUUGAGGAGGACAAGCUUGAUCUUGCAACUUCACUCAUGGAGAAGGCCAAGGCUAAAGGGGUAUCUUUAUUGUUACCUUCUGAUGUAGUUGCUGCGGACAAGUUUGCUGCUGAUGCUAAUAGCAAGGUUGUUCCAGCAUCUGGAAUCCCUGAUGGCUGGAUGGGAUUAGAUAUUGGACCUGACUCCAUCAAAUCAUUUAAUGAAGCUUUAGAUACUACCAAAACCAUCAUUUGGAAUGGACCAAUGGGUGUGUUUGAGUUUGACAAGUUUGCAGCCGGAACCGAGGCCAUAGCCAAGAAAUUGGCAGAACUCAGUGGCAAGGGAGUGACUACUAUCAUUGGAGGAGGUGACUCUGUUGCUGCUGUUGAAAAGGUUGGGUUGGCGGACAAGAUGAGCCACAUCUCAACCGGAGGUGGUGCCAGCUUGGAGCUUCUCGAGGGGAAACAGCUACCUGGAGUUCUUGCACUCAAUGAUGCUUAA